AUGCCGAGCCAAUCGGGCGACCUCCCCUUCGUCGUGCUCAACAAGGCGCUGCGGUUGAUGAGCUAUCAGGAGCUGGCCCGACUUCGGCAAGUCCACCCGCAUUGGGACGAGAUUUGCGGGCAGAUGCUGAACAGCGGCUACUACCAACUCAUCGACAAGUCGGACAAGCUAUUAAUGCGGCUGCAGCGGCUUGUUCAAAAGGACCCUGGGCUGUACUACCCGACCAGCGUGCUGACCAAUAUUCAGGUGCACAUCCUCAACCAGGUCGACGUCAUGCGAGCCGCGUUGGAUGAGGGAGUCGGCUGCUUCCCCUACGGCAUUCUCCUCGACAAGACAUUCGGCUUUCUGAAGCAGAUCGAGGACAUGAUCAACAGCGGCAAGCAGACUGACGUCUCCUGGGAGUCUGUAGCCGUUUUGGCCAAGCGAGCCUCGAUGCACUAUAAGGACAACUUGGAGGGAAUCAUGGAAGAACGACUUGGGGAGAGUGCUCGGCUGAAGGCAGCGCACAAGCUCAUCCGGCUCGACUCGUUCUUGGUGGAGACCUCAGUGCAGAAGAUGGAAAAGGAUAAUGCGAAGACUCGAGACGACAUCAUGUGGGAGAUGGAACAACUACAGCAAUCGAAUGAAAAACUCCGAAAAGACAACCGCGAACUGAAGCAGAACCAGAUGAAGCUGGAGGCCCGCAUCGACAUCCUCGAGCAAAAAUUCAAAACGAUGGCGCGCCUAUUUUCA